UUACGCCGUAAUUUCACCCAAAGCGCACUGGCGUAUCACCGGAAACGAUGCGACAUCGGCAUUGAAACGGGUAUUAAAGCAUUCCAUGCGGACCUCCGUAGAAGAACUAGUUCCCAGCGUGCGUCAAACAUAGACCAUUCUCGCUGGUAUUUAAGAGGAUACCCGGUGACAGGAACGUGGUGAUUUUCGUAAUUAUAAACAGUGUUAUGUCGUUAAGUUUAUUUACUUAUCGGAGAUUAUUAAACCAGUGACGAUGAAUCAGCUAACUGUUUCUAUUUCGCUUGUGAUGACGGUUCUGUGUCACAAUGCAUUGGCCAUUUGUGACAACGACCUCGUGACGUCUUUUUUGGCGUCAGUGAAGGCAUCCAGUACGUUCGACUUGACGGACAAGAGCACCAACUACGGCCCUGAUCGAGCGUUUAUCAACGCCACCGAGGUCAAGGACGCGUCAGGGAUCACUCAGAUGGGCGCCUGGGUGGCGGAGAAAAACGCCAUCAACCAGUGGAUUCAGAUCGAGUUACAGGACCCCGCUUUGGUGCGGGGCAUCGUGACCCAGGGACGUGAUGCUCAAGAUCAGCAGUGGGUGACCAAAUACCGGAUCCUGUACAGCGAGGACUGUCACACGUGGCAUACACUCGGCGCCUUCAACAUCACUGAUAAGUUUUUCACCGGAAACACGGACGCCAGUUCCCCGGUGACAAACAUGUUCGACUGUCCAAUAAUGGCCAAGUGUAUCAGAGUAAACCCUCUUGGCUGGAACAAGGACAUCGCCAUGCGUGUCGGUCUGCUGGGAUGUCCACUUAAUCUGCAGGCGGUCACCACGGCGGCUCCUACCACCGUGGCGCCCACGACUGCUGCUCCUACCACCGCCGCGCCCACAACUGCUGCCCCAGUAACCACGGCAACGAUGACGACCCCAAUGCCACCAGUGACGAGCACUGUACAAAUGGCAACAACGCCCAUGCCAACGCAGGCAGCUAUUACACUUCCUCCUGUGGGACCAAAGAAAGGCCAGUGCAUCACCUCGUGCCUGGGACGCGCCAAUGGGGACUACCAGUCAUGCACCGGUUGUGACGUAUAUAUCACGUGCGUCUGGUCGUCCAUGUACGCGAACAGACCGUGUCCCAAGAUGCAACAGUGGGACGAUAACUUGAAACGCUGCGAUAUAAAGUCCACUACGUGCCCGUAGACUUGUUAAAAAAUGCACCGGGUACUAUUCAAGAGCUAUGAUGUAUUUGCAUUGAGACGUUGUUUUAUUAAAAUCAUCAGAUUUGUUUCCACAUUUUGUAUUAAACCUUAAUGUUACCUACAAAUACAUCUUACAUAUAAAGAUAUAUAUGGCGAUGGCUUCAUCGCAUAUUGCAUGUUAUGUAUGCCUUACUAUAUGUUAGUAAAUAACGAACACACCUAUUAGUUGCUAUGUAUUAUGUGCCCGGUGUAUGCGUCAACACACGAAUAUUUAUCGUAGUUAUUUACCCAAGAAACUUGUGCUUAGAGUUGAAUCGGUGAUACUCGCUUAAUAUCAUUUAAUAUUUUAAAAACGAGCCCGUUCAUACAAAAAUUACAUGGUUAUUUAAUAGAUAAAGUUUUAACAUCAGUUUUAACAUAUGAAAACAAUAGAUUCAUCAAACACACAUUUUAACUAAUUGCCCGCACAAGUUUAUAUAUUUACGUAUUUUGACACACACUUUGUACAUUUUUUUAUUCUUCUCUAUCCUCCAUUAUUCUGGUAAUACAUUGUUUACAAUUAUGUUUGAUUAAAAUAUGAAAACGAA